AUGGGGGGCAGCUACUCCCACUCCCACUCCCACUCCCACCCCGCUCAACCCUGCAACCACGCCCUCAAGCGCGCAGGCUGCGGCAACCUCGGCGGCGCGGCGUGCGGUCUCUGCGGCAAGCAAGUCGGGCACAGCGACAUGGCCUACCGCUGCACCGCCGCCAGGUGCACGUCGCCGUCCUUCUUUCUCCACGAAGCCUGCUACCGCUACCCGGCGAGGAUCAGGAACCACUUCUCCGGCCACAGCCUCGCCCUCGCCGCCCGCGCCGGCGUCACCGCCCGCGUCUGCGCCGUGUGCGCUAUGCCCCUCGACGGCUUCUCCUGCGUGUACAGCUGCAGGCAGAGCAGGCACAGCGGCUGCGCCACCGCCGGCUUCGGCGCGCACCCUCGCUGCGCCAACCUCCCGCAGAAGGCCACCGAUCCGUCGCACGGGCACCAGCUCGUCCUGCGCGCGAGCGAGACGGGCGCCGGCGGCGGCCGCAGGUGCGUCAGGUGCAACAAGAUCGCCGCCGGGCCGGCGUGGUCUUACCAGUGCCCGACGUGCAGGGACGUGGGGUUCUGCCUCCGGUGCGUGCUCGGCAAAGACGACGACCGCCCGCAGUGCUGCUGCGCGUGCGGCGCCGCGCCGGCGGGGUUCGCCAUGGGAAUCUUCCUCCGCGGACUCUUGCGGGGAUUCACCGGACUAUAG